GUCGAAAAAAAAAAAAAAACUAUUGACUAAAAAACAUCAAUAAAUUACUAUUAUAUUUCUCCAACAAACACCAAAACCCUCACAACUCCACCAAUGGCCACCGUAACCACCAAUCUGAACCCUGCCGGACCACAAAUCUUCAUCGACGCACCAACAAUCCGGUCAGUUCUCCCGUACAAAUCCCUAAUCAACCACCUCCAAACAUCACUGGCAUCCGCUACUUCCGUCAUCCAAUCUCCGAUCCGCCACUCUCAUCCAACCUCCUCUUCCUCCACUCUCCUCCUCAUGCCGGCAUGGUCUCUCUCCUCAACCGUUCUUCCAUACAUCGGCGUCAAACUUGUCACCACUCACCCCGAUAAUUCGUCGCUAAACCUCCCCGGAGUUCACGCCAGUUACGUCCUCUUCAACUCCGUCACCGGCCAAACCCUAGCUUCGUUUGACGGUACCGAAAUCACCGUCCGCCGUACCGCAUGUGUCUCCGCCGUAGCCUCUCAUUACCUCUCAAACCCUAGCUCUCAGGUUUUGUUAAUGAUCGGCGCCGGAUCGUUAGCUCCACACUUGAUUAAAGCGCAUUUAACAACUCGACCGAGUGUUAGUCAUGUUAUGAUUUGGAACCGAACUUCACGAAAAUCGGAAACUCUGGUGGAGGAAAUGAAGAAGGAAAGCGGAAUGGAGAGUGUGCGGUUUGAAGUGUGUGAGGAUAUUGAACCGGCGGUAAAUAAGGCGGAUAUAGUAACCUGUGCGACGAAUUCGGAAUCACCAUUGGUGUUGGGGAAGUGGUUGAAAGCAGGGGCACAUUUGGAUCUGGUUGGAUCGUAUAAGCCGUCGAUGAGGGAGUGUGAUGAUGAAGCUAUGAAGAGAGGGAGGGUUUUUAUUGAUAAUGAAGCGGCGGUUGUGGAGGCGGGUGAGUUGGUUGGGGCGUUUGAACGAGGGGUGAUGAAGAAGGAAGAGGUUGAAGGGGAUUUGGUUGAGUUGAUUAAAGGGGUGAAGAUUGGGAGGAAGGAUGAGAAGGAGGUUACUGUGUUUGUUUCUGUUGGUUCGGCGGUUGUGGAUCUGUUGAGUGCUCAAUUAGCAUAUGAAACCGUUGUUAAACCUUAGACAGACCGUGUUAGCCAACUCACCAAUAAGGACCUAGAUGCAGUCAUUUUGUAGCCCAUUGUUUGUAUGUUGAGUAUAAAAGGGGUCUGGUGAUGAUUCAAGACUUCAAGUGGUGUUGAUUGUUAAACAGCUUCUAUAAUAAAAGUGUCCAGACCAAUUAAAUUUGUUGUUGAAUGAUUUGUUGGGAACAA